AUGGCCACCAGGUACAUUGGCCUUAUCUAUGUACUCGGCGUGCAGGCUGAAGAACAACGGUGUGUGCGAUCGGAGAAUCACGGCGCGUCGUCAACGCUCUGCCAUCUCUUGAAUUGCUACAUUGGUAUGGCUACCGUACUCCCGGUGUUAUACUCUUUCGUUAAGAACUUGAUGGGAGCGUUCAACCAGGCUGAGUUUGAUAAGGAAGUCGCACGCGAUUUUGACACGCAAGAAAUCGCAUCUGCUACUGCACGUUAUGAGAAAGAAGCGGAGACGUUGUUGAAGGAUAAAGCAGAGGUCAAAAAGGUCAUUGGAUACAUAGAUCUGACUACAUUGGCCGGUGACGAUACCAGAGGAAGAGUAGUAGCCCUUGUGGAUCGUGCGCUAAAUCCUAUACCUGAGGACUCCUCCGUCACUUGUGGAGCCGUAUGCGUUUAUCCACAGCGUGUGGCCGACGCGGUCAAACAUCUUGCCGAAAAGAAGAAAUCGCUCAGUGUAGCAUCAGUUGCUGCUGGAUUCCCAUCUGGACAAUACCAUCUGCAGUCGAAAAUACUAGAGGUUCAAUUGACGGUCGCCGAUGGUGCUAAUGAGAUCGAUAUUGUCAUCAGUCGUGCUGCUGCAUUAGAAGAUGAUUGGAAAACCGUGUACAACGAGGUGGCCGCCUUGAAAGGUGCAUGUGGGAAUGCUCAUAUGAAAACGAUAUUGGCGACAGGAGAACUGAAAACGCUUGCCAAUGUUUAUAAAGCUAGUUGGGCUAGCAUUUUAGCUGGUUCCGAUUUUAUCAAAACAUCUACAGGGAAAGAAUCCACAAACGCAACUUUGGAGGUUGCAUAUGUGAUGUGCUCCGCCAUCAAGAGAUGGUACGAAUUGACAGGAAAACAGGUGGGUUUCAAACCAGCUGGCGGAAUCAAAACUCCCAAGGAAGCCCUCGCUUACGUAGCUCUUGUAAAAGAUAUCUUGGGCGAUUCUUGGCUCACUCCAAAGCUCUUCAGAAUUGGUGCCAGCAGUUUACUCGACAACUGUUUGAAAGCUCUUUAGGUCCCAUCUGUUUAUAGAUGAAGAUUGUUUUUGUUUGUGAUAAGUACAGCAUUCCUGGUGCUGCAGUAGUGCUCAAUGACUAACUCCUGCAUGUGCCGUGAUCCAUGCUUUUCAUUCACUUCAUGAUAGCCGGUAAAUGGUUGUUUCCGCAUUCAGGUGCAU